AUGCUAGCGGAUACAGUAUACGACAUACUGGAUCAAGCCAACGUGGAUAUAUCUCUUGUUUUGGAAGAUUUCGGUCCGUCUAUCCACCAAUGGUGUCCUAUCGUCCCGGAAGACUUUCUGAAAGAUCGGCAAAAUCAUGCUUCGUAUGAGCAACCACCACAGGAGGAAACAUACCGUCCAUUCCUAUCGUUAUGUCUGUGGUUAAUGAGCCGCCGACCAUGCGACAAUGCAGAGCACAUAACCCACUGCCAAAUUUACCGCGCAUUGAAACAAUCGCUUGCCAUGUUCCAAAGCGGCACUAAUGUCAACAUAUCAAUCCUCCAAGCAUCCAUGCUCCUUACUCUCUACGAAACAAGUCACGGCAUGUCAAACCAAGCUUUCCAAACCAUGUCAGCAAGUGUGGGUAUACUCCAACUCCUACAACAUUCAGCCACAAAAAGCGCAAACCUAGUUUGGACACUAGAAUGGAUAAAACCAAGUCUGCUCAUGCUAGACCGCGUCCUAACUCUGACAUCACCUACGCACCUUCCUCUGGCUCUGCCCUCUUAUCACACAACCACUCAAUGUAUCUCGUACAAUCUGGCUCCUGAAAUACCACCGCACCCACCACUUGGAUCAGCAUCAGCAACGUCUGCACGGAAACUACACAUUCGAUCCACCGUCGCUCUGGCUACAAGCUCAGCUUUGGAAUACAUAUCCUCUCUUGUUCUCAACCCUUUGUCACAACCUACUCACGCCUACGAUACAGCCACAUCAAGUCUAACAUCCUGUAUUCAAGCCCUGGUCUCCAAGCCCGAGCCGCAUACUUGGCUGCACUGCGACGCCAUUGCCCUGGCCUUUUGCACAAACAUUCUACUCCAAGAAGCACAGAUGCGGCAUCUGUCAUCUACCUUGCCGGUGCUAGCAGGACGUCCACGUCCAGAGUAUGAAAAGGUACAUUUGGCGCUCAAAUAUGCGAGACAUAUGGCGUGGGAUAUGGUGAAGGUGGGGAUCCAGAAGAUCAGCGGAGAAGGAGAAAGUGGAGAGAAAGGGGUAGGUGAAGUGGGAAGAUUACCUUUUGCAGGGUUAUGUUGUGUUGUUAGAGCGGGGGUGGCAGUUUUGAAAACGAGAGAAUUCUACUCAGAUGGUGAUUGUGUGGAGGAGAAGGAGGUGGAAAGGUUUAAGAGGGUGGUUGAAAUGUUCGCUGGGAGAUGGGGAGUUGGACAGUUGUACUUGCGAACAUCGAAAUGA